AUGAUGCAGGUAAACGCAGCCUUAGGCGCUGCACCAGAUAAUGUUGAUGCUUAUGCUUUCUGUAACUCUUUCUGGGGUGAGAAUGACGCGGGCUACCAUGUGAUGCAAAGCUUCAUUAAAAACACUACGAGAACAAUGGAGGACUUGCGUGCGUAUUAUCAAGAACGUGCUGAAAUUGAACAUGAAUAUGCCAAACGGCUCUCGAAACUUGCUAAAACCUCAUUAGGCAAAUAUGAGACAGGACCUAUGCGCCAUGCUCUCGACACUGUUCGCCUUGAGACGGAUUCGCAGGCUCGCUCCCAUGUUCAGCUGGAAAAUUCGAUACGCAAAGAAGUAGAAGGGCCUUUGAUCGACUUUAUGCGGCGCGUUGACAGUCUUCGCCGCGACGCCCAAACGUCGGUGACCAAACUGCACAAGCAUAAGCAGACGCAAACACAGUACAUGAAUCGAGCGCGUGAAAAGUAUGAAACGGAUUGCACCAAGAUCAACUCAUACACGGCACAGAGCAAUAUGGUGCAAGGUCGCGAUCUCGACAAGGUGAUGUCCAAAUUGGAGCGUGUUCAAUCGGGUAUUGAGAGCGAAGACCGCGACUAUCAAAGCUAUGUGCGGGCCCUGCAAGAGACGACACAAAAAUGGAAUUCUGAGUAUAAGAGUUUUCUUGACAUAUGCCAGGACGUAGAAGAGGAGCGUCAAGAGUUUCUCAAGACUAAUAUCUGGGGCUUGGCAAACGCCAUUUCCAGCAUUUGUGUAACAGACGAUGAGGCAUGUGAGCGGGUGCGUGUGGCUCUUGAGGGAUGUGAAUCUACUCGCGAUGUGCGCGACUUUGUGCGUGAAUUUGCCACAGGCUCAAAUAUUCCUGCAGCGCCUGAAUAUGUCAACUACGCCCAGAGUAUUGCACCGCCGGCUGCUGCCACCACUGGCUCAGCGCACUUUUCACGUCUUUCUACUCGUGUGGCUGAUGGGAUGCACCCGCCAAGCGCAUCUGUCCUAGCUACACAGACGCCCGCUACAUCAAGUUACGGUGCCUCACCUUCAUUGCACUCUUCAACACCCUCAGUUGCACCCGGUAAUAUCCCGCCGUCAAUGUUACGACCAGUUUCGCCGUCAAUACAUCCAGGCACGCCACUGACACCGGCGUCUAUGGCACUACAAUCGCCACAAGGACCGAAUGUGCCAAACUAUCUCGCCGCUAUGAGUCGCUCUUCACCAUCACAAGUGAUUUCACCGCCAACUCGCACUCCGCCGCCGUCUAAUUCAAACAGGAAUAGCAUGUUCGCUCCUGGAGCUACGCCCCUUGCUCAAGCUCAGUCGCCCAGCAUGCAACCGCCCUUGGUGAGCCCGGUAGUGGCACCUGCAAAUCAUACGCAGCCACCAUUGCAGGCAGCAUCCGUGCCCAUGUCUCAAGUUGCUGCACCACCACCAGGUGACACGAAUGAAGAUGAUCCUAUUGCCAAGGCGCUGGCGAAUCUGCGCUUGCGCCAGAGUCGCAAGAGUCCUACGCCCAGUAGCCGUCCAACCAGCACGAUCAGCACAACAAUGUCAGCUCCCAUGUCGCAAGAACCACUCCAGCCAUCGUCACAAGCGCAGAGUCGGCCGCCCUCACAGGUUAUGACUGACCCUCGGUGGCAUCGUGCCAUUACGCCUGAUGCACGACCUCCGCGAUCGACAUCGCCAGCCGCGGCAUUUAUGCACCCUCCAGAGCGAAGCAUAUCGCCUUUGCCUGUGGAGCAAAUUCACAGUCAUUAUGGCCAAGCUUUCCCAACAGAGCGACGUGCCGGUCAAGGAAAGCAGGAGCCUCGUGCCACUUCGCCCUUGGGCAUCUCGCUGGAUGCACGAGGUCAAGUCACAGAAGACACGAUGGCCGGCCGGUACGCAUCCUCUGCUGGGCAAGGCACUGCAUCCAGUCAAGUUUCGGGCCCGAGUUCAUCACAACUCGCCCGUCCGCCGACAGGACAAUACAGCGAGAGUGGUGAGCCCAUCCUGUUUUAUGUCAAGGCGCUGUAUGACUAUGAAGCAUCGCUGCCCGAAGAGUUCAGCUUCACAGCAGGCGAUAUCAUUGCGGUCACACACACAGAGCCAGACGGAUGGUGGCAAGGCGAGCUCCUGGACGAAGCGCGCCGUACACCGGGAGCGAAUACUUUCCCUAGCAACUUUGUCGUACUUCUCAUGUAG